AUGAGAGGGAACAAGAGAGGGGAAGAGGAGAAGAGACAAGGAGAGGGAACAAUGAGAGGAGACAAGGAGAGGAGACAAAAAAGGAGACAAGGAGAGGGGACAAGGAGUGGCAACAAGGAGAGGGGACAAGAGAGGACAAGAGAGGGGAUAAAAGACGGGACAAGGAGAGGGAACAAUGAGAGGGAACAAGAGAGGGGAAGAGGAGAAGAGACAAGGAGAGGGAACAAUGAGAGGAGACAAGGAGAGGAGACAAAAAGAGACAAAGAGAGGGGACAAAGAGAGGACAAGAGAGGGGACAAGGAGAGGACAAGAGAGGGAACAACAGAGAGGACAAGAGAGGGGAUAAAAGAGGAGACAAGGAGAGGGGACAAGGAGAGGAGACAAGGAGAGGGUAACAAAGGAGAGGAGACAAGGAGAGGGAACAACAGAGGAGACAAAGAGAGGCAAGAGAGGAGACAGGGAGAGGAGACAAGAAGAGGGAACAAGGAGAAGAGAUAAGGAGAGGUGACAAGGAGAAGAGACAAGGAUAGGGUAACAAAGGAGUGGAGACAAGGAGCGGAGGUAAGAAGAGGGAACAAUAGAGGGGAUAAAAAGAGGAGACAAGGAGAGGGGACAAGGAGUGGCAACAAGGAGAGGGGACAAGAGAGGACAAGAGAGGGGAUAAAAGACGGGACAG